AUGAAUGGUCGGUCCCUUCUCGUUUUCAGGCAUUUUCGGGGCGGCGAGGAUCCUCCGCGCCGAGAAGACGAGGAAAAGACGAACGACGAGGAAGACUACGUGGAGCUCGAAAACCUGAUUGAUCGCGUCGGAAGGACUCGAUCGGGGCAGGAAUUCAUUUCGCAUUGGCUCGAAGAGGCGAGGCGGAAAGGUGUCUCGCCCACGACCCUCAACUCCCUAUCGAAUCACGGAAGGAAAACAGACACCGAGAAAUCCAAGGCAUUCAGGUACCACAAAGUGUUGAUGAAGUGGGAUCGCGACGGUAGCCGGAGACACAUCGCUGCGGUCACCGUCCUCGAUCCGGCGGUCGCCGUCCUCCAUCCGGCGACCACCGUCCUCGAUCCGACGAUGGACGAAGAACUCGAGGACCGUCUCUUCCUCACCGAAUUUCACGAAUCCGAAACCUCCCGGAAUCUGAGGAGGGAAAUGCGUCUGUUGCAAGAGACCCUGGCUCGUUGGAUGGAGAACAAAUGAUGGAUAAAUGGCGCAAUCGAGGUCAAUACUGGAAUGAAUCAUGCAAGUACUACUCCCUCUCUUCGAUCGCCAUGGUUC